GCUUUGGUCUGGCGUCACGUGGGCGCCCUCGCAGCAGCCCCGCCUCCUCGGCUGGCCGGAAGUGGCGCGCUUGCUUGCUUGGGCGAGCUUGAGCUGGCCCUGCGCCGUGCUCUCCCAGCUGCCGUCCUGCUUUCCGGUCGGGUUGGUGGGGCAUGGAGCGGGUGAGCGGCGGCUGUGAUCGCCGCGGCUCCUCCUCUGCAGACCCACGAAGCACCUUCGUGUUGAGUAACCUAGCGGAGGUGGUGGAGCGUGUCCUCACUUUCCUGCCCGCCAAGGCGUUGCUGCGGGUGGCCGGUGUGUGUCGUUUAUGGAGGGAGUGUGUGCGCAGAGUGUUGCGGACCCAUCAGAGUGUGACCUGGAUCUCCACGGGCUCAGGGGAUGCUGGCCGCCUGGAGGAGCAUUGCUUGGUCCGCGUGGUAACCGAAGAGCUUGAGAAUGUCCAUAUCUUACCACGGACAGUUCUUUACAUGGCUGAUUCAGAAACUUUUAUCAGUCUGGAGGAGUGUCGCGGCCAUAAAAGAGCCAGGAAAAGAACUACUAUGGAAGCAGCAUUUGCCCUUGAGAAGCUCUUCCCAAAACAAUGCCAAAUCCUUGGGAUUGUGACCCCAGGAAUUGUAGUGACACCAAUGGGAUCAAGUAGCAAUCGACCUCAGGAAAUAGAAAUUGGAGAAUCUGGUUUUGCUCUCUUAUUCCCUCAAAUUGAAGGAAUAAAAAUACAACCCUUUCAUUUUAUUAAGGAUCCAAAGAAACUAACACUAGAAAGGCAACAGCUCACUGAAGUAGGUCUUUUAGAUAACCCUGAGCUUCGUGUGGUCCUUGUGUUUGGCUAUAACUGCUGUAAGGCAGGAGCCAGUAAUUAUCUGCAGCGAGUAGUCAGCACUUUCAGUGAUAUGAAUGUCAUCUUGGCUGGAGGCCAGGUGGACAACCUGGCAUCGCUGACCUCUGAAAAGAACCCUCUGGAUAUUGAUGCCACUGGUGUGGUGGGACUGUCGUUUAGUGGACACCGAAUCCAGAGUGCCACAGUGCUUCUCAACGAGGAUGUCAAUGACGAGAAGACUGCUGAGGCUGCGAUGCAGCGGCUCAAAGCAGCCAACAUUCCAGAGCAGAACACCAUUGGCUUCAUGUUUGCGUGUGUUGGUAGGGGCUUUCAAUACUAUAGAGCCAAGGGGAAUGUGGAGGCUGAUGCAUUUAGAAAGUUUUUUCCUAGGGUUCCUUUAUUUGGCUUCUUUGGAAAUGGAGAAAUUGGAUGUGAUCGCAUAGUCACUGGAAACUUUAUACUGAAGAAGUGUAACAAGGUAAAGGACGAUGACCUUUUUCACAGCUACACAACAAUAAUGGCUCUCAUUCAUCUUGGGUCAUCUAAAUAAAGCUACCUCUACAGUGGCUUUCACAAUAUAUAACUUCCGGCUUCUGCUUUUUCUAGACAACGGAAACUUGGUGUAUGUGUACUUCAUACAAAAAAAAAAUUAUAUGCAUCUGUUUUGUAGCUUUGACACUCUCUAAAGACCACUUGGUAGUUUUUAAAAUAUUAGAUGGACAACUUCGUACAUAAGGUAAUGCAGACCGUGAGUUGAGAGCUUUUGCAUCAGGCACAAGCAAACCAGUUAUGGCUCUGUUGCACCAGACUGUGGACUGUAGCUGCUGUGCAGCAGGACUGUACGGUCUUCUGCACAGGUGGACGGAAAGAGGGUUCAUCAACAGGAAGGAGUUUCAAGACAUUCCAUGACUACCUCUGCAACGUUAGGUGAUCUUUCGGCAGAAUCACGAAGAUGUUUUUCUCCCUUAGUAAAGGAGAAAACAUACAGAGGGCUUGACAAAUCUUUCUCUGUUUUACAAUUAUACCAUUUUUUUUCAGAAGCUGUAACAAAAUUAUGACUGACUUUUUACAUAUUUGAUAAAUAUUAAAGAACUAUUUUUGUUUUCGUAUGCUAAAUUAAAGUAGCUUAGACAGAUAAACCGCCAAGACUAACUAAUCAGUAUUUUAUUACAUUAUAAGGACAACAUUUUUUCCUUUUCCCUCACUAAAGAAAUUGCAAGGGAAAAUUUAACCUAGUUUGAUGUCGCUAAUUGGCAGAUCACCCAAUUACAUCAUCUUAUUUUGGUUUUAUACCAAUAAAACAGACCUUGGAAACUCAUUCAGAUAGUUCUGUAUGUCAUUGCUUUGGGUGAGUGAAUGAUGUAAACUGAUCCUUCAGAAAAGCAAACCCAGAAUAAUGGUAUUUGUCAGCCAGCAAGAGCUGGCAUAAUUCUAGUAAAAAUUUCUAUAUAUGCAAAUACUGAAAUAAAAUAAGUGCAGAGAACACCCAUUUUCCCCCAAUAUCCAUUCUUUCCUUCUUUCCUUUUUACAUAGUUAGAAAGCCUUUGAUUGGAAAAUCAAAUGGUGCUAGUCACCUGCACACCACACUAAAGACAGCUGCAUUUCCUGGUCUCCAUUGCACGUAUGACUGUCCUGGCCAGUGAAAUGUGAGGGCAGCGAUACUGGGUCCAUUAGAAUACGGUGUGACUAUUUUCCUGCCCUUUUUGGAUCCUGUUGCCUAGAAGUGGAUGUGACAGUGAGCCAUCUGAGACACUAAAAAGAGGCAAUGCUGUAUCUGGAAGAACCACACAGAAGGAUCCUGGUCACCACAUAGUCCUGUUGAAGUGCCGCCCUAACUAACUUGGACUGUUUUAGAAGACAGAAGUUAACAUCAGUCUUGCCUAAGCCACUUGCUUUUCCCAGGUCUUUGUAACAGGAUGUCUGUGUCGGCACAUUCUAUCUAACACUGCAGGACGGAGGGUGUGGCACUUGGUAACAGUGAUUCUAAUGGGACAGUAGAAAGCUUGCAAAGUAAGUGAAAUCAAAUAUAUUAACACUGCUGCUUUUCUUUUUAAUCCUUUUUUAAAGCCCAUUUUUGCUCCAAAGUAUUUUUUCUUCCUGUUAUAUAAAUGAUAAAAAUACUUAAAAGUUUCCUUAAUUUAUGGUUAUUCUCAAUCUUAGUCACUAAAAAAGCCCAAAGAAAACUGUGCCACAGAACUUUUAAUCUGUGAAUAUUAAUAUUUAGUCAUUUUAAUUUAGCUAUUAACUCCUCUAUUAUUUGACAUUCAUACCUAUUAUCAAGUAGCUAAUACCUCAAAAUUUCAGUCCUUGGUUAUGCUUAUAUAGCAUAUAAGGAAAAUGCUUUGUAAAUUUUCUUUGUCCUUGAUAUUAACCAGAUUUGGUUGAACUGUAGAGGGAAGAGGAUGUUGAAACCUAGAAAUAUGAACAAAAGGAGCCUCAGAGUUGAAAUAAUUAUUUUUUUCAAAUUAAUACUCAUAUAAAAUGUUUUGUUACUUUUUAAUGGAGAGUCAGCUACAGGGUCAUUUCAUAUAAUAUUUGGAGUUAAUAUAGGGCUCCUUUUCAUGGCUGAGACUUUGGAGCUUGUUAUGAACAAUAAAUUCAUUUGGCCACAAAAUUAUAACUUUGGUGCAGAAUAGGAAGGGGAGAAGUUGACCCACUAGAAGGAGUAGUACUGAGAACCAGUCAGUUACUACUCGUGCCUCCCCUAGGCCUUCACAGUCCAUGGAAGGAGAACGGUAAUUUAACCAAAGUUAAAAAUAAUUUAUUACAGUUUUGAAAGGCUUGUCUUAAAAGAAAGCAUCAAAGGAAAAAUUACUGUUUCACCUAGAAAAAUACUAAAUUCUUAGGAAUGGUAACUGUUUUAGUCAUUUAUGAAACUGAAAAAUGAUCAUGUAGAAAAAAUUGACAUGAGCACAAAAAAUAAAGAUGUACCCUUAGUGUCUGAACUGCCUCCUGUCAAGUGAUAUGACUGAUAGGAUAGUUUAUUUAAUCAAGAUGUUUAAAAAUAUUUAUUUCCUUUAUGUGCUUUCAAAGCAGCUACAGUUUUCCUGGUUAAAGUCUGCUUCAGGGAAUAAACUCCUUGAAAAAACAAUUAGCAAUCUAAGGAAGAGGAGGGAAGCUGGGGAGUAGGACCUCAGAACAGACACCCUACAGGUUGAUGUAAUUAAUAACCUGUGACCUAGACUGAUGAAGGGCCAUGUCACUAUUUUCUCGACUUUGUUUAAACUUGGAGCAUUGAUAAAUACACCAAUUUUUCAACUUAGUAAGAGAUGCCAGAUAGCAAAAGUUUUGCCACUAAUUUAUACUGUAAAUUUAACACAAUGAACAUGCAAAGAAUGUAAAAUAAACUUUUAUAAAUCAGAA